CUGGGAGGAGCGUGCCUGCUGGGAGUUGGGAUCUGGGUCAUCGUGGAUCCUACAGGUUUUCGAGAGAUAGUGGCUGCCAACCCUCUGCUCUUCACGGGAGCCUACAUCAUGCUGGCUAUGGGAGCCAUGCUCUUCCUGCUGGGUUUCCUUGGCUGCUGCGGUGCCAUCCGUGAGAACAAAUGCCUCCUGCUUUUUUUCUUCAUGUUUAUUUUGUUAAUCUUCCUGGCGGAGCUUUCAGCUGCAAUCCUGGCUUUUAUCUUCAGAGAAAAUCUGACCAGAGAGUUUUUCACCAAGGAACUGAAGAAGCAUUACCUGAGGAACAACGACACGGAUGUCUUCUCCUCCACCUGGAACUCUGUUAUGAUCACAUUUGCCUGCUGUGGAGUGAAUGGACCAGAAGAUUUUGAAGCUAUCCCUCAUCUUCCAUACACCUCUUUGGAAAAUGCAAUACCAGAGGCUUGCUGCCAGCGAGAGCUCCAGAGCCGGGAGGGGAUGAUUGUCAACAAGGAAGCCUGCCUCGCUGGCAUCGAGAGGUUUCAGAACCGACAGGGCUGCUACACCGUGAUCCUGAACUCCUUUGAGACCUAUGUGUACCUUGCAGGAGCCCUUGCCAUCGGAGUGUUGGCCAUUGAGCUGUUUGCCAUGAUCUUCGCCAUGUGUCUCUUUCGAGGGAUCCAGUAAGAGGCAGCCUGUGAACCACCACGUUCCCCACGUCCUCACAAGAAA